AGUACUCCUACUUGGGGUAGCGCAGACAAAGAGAGACGCUGCUUCCCUUCUUGUAUUUUCUUUUUUUCACAUACACCGGAAAGUGCGUUCAUCUGCGUCAAGAGAGCUGCUCCAUAUUUUUAAUUACUUUUAUUCCUAUUACUAUUGCCUCUGACGCAUAACCACAUCGUUAGAACCUCGUGCACGUACAGGUGUGUGAAGCGCUGCGGCCAGCGAUCUGUGCCACUCCUCCGAUACACAACUCCUAUAUGUUUUGUUUUGUUGGAGUACGUAUGACACUGCGCGGAAAAGGCUCAAGACGAAGGAGAAUGCCUGUUGCACUUCCUCGGUUUCUUUAGAUUCUCUUGCAUUUAAAAUACUAGAUUAUACAGUUAGAAUUAUUUGUUGCUGCUGCUGUUGACCCUCUCACCAACUCUGCUGCCGCCGGACUCCCAUGUUGAACCCACCGGCGUACCGGGCCGCACUGCUCGACCAACUCACAUCAGCAGCCGAAGCGCCGUCUCAAUCAGAAGACAGCAGCGCGAGCCACGGCGAAGAAGACGAAAAACGAACCGACGUCAACAGCGUUGCUCGCGGUGCCCCGUCUUCGAAACUGCGAUUUCCUCGAGUCACACCCCUUGUGCGCGACGAUGCCACCCAAGACACGCGCAUGAGUGGGUAUCGUGCCGAUGAAGGGCAACCAGUGGCGCACACUCUUGUAGCUGCGCACGCACCACAGCAGCGGAGCGAAGACCGGCCCUACACCGUCGGAUAUGGUAGCCUUGUGGAGCGCGAGAAGGACCGGUCUCUUAUUCUGGAUUUCAUUGACAACUGCAUACGCUCUGGUGUGCCCGAGGAAACCAUCGCGGAGCAGGUGCAGUUCAUGGUAGCCUCCAUGAAGGAGUCUCUCGCCCUGCACGCCGCCCUGCACGCGCAGCGGCACAAGGAGCGCAUACGCGAGUACGAGCUGGGUGCGUUGACUAACAUGCUCGAGCGACAGCAACUUCAACUUCAACAGCAGCAACAGCUACCAGCGCCAAGCACCCAGUAUGAAUACCCGCUAGCAUCACCUCCCGUGUCGCUGCAGCUGUCCCCGCCGCCUCCGCUCGUGUCUCGGCGCCCAUUCUUAGACUCUUCUCCUCAUCCUUCCUAUCCUGCGUCGACGAGUCGCGCCUCGCCGCAGCGCAGAGAUCCGUCCCCGCCGCGUGACGACUCGUCGCUGUCGCGGGCCGGCAUGCGCCGUGGCAGCGCAGGCAGCUCUUCCGCGCUGCCCUCACCCUUGCCCAUUUCCACGUGGCGUCCGCCUGCACCAGCCAGCAACGAGGAAAAUAUCCGGCCUGCUGUGCAGCCGACAUCAGUUCAACGACGAGCGCACAAGGCGGAGGAGGAAAGGAGAGGGAGAAGAAGUCUGAAAGAUGCCAUGAGCUCUCACGCGUCUUCGCGCCGCUCUAGUAUUCGCAGCUCCUCCUCCACGACUGCGAGGACGCACGCCGCCCACCACCACCGCGGUCACCACGCGCUCUGUGAUGUGUGUCUUCGCAACGCAACGGAGACGAUGGCGGCAGCAGAAGGCGCGGCGGAGAGAACAUCGCCCGUUGCCUCCGCCAAGGCACCACGAAAGAACGCAAGUACGUCGAGCAGGACAGCACGCACACCCGCGCGUCGGUCUUCUCCCACGGCGUCCCGACAGCGGUAUCAACCACAGAGGCAUUACAUGAAGCCGACACACGCCAGCCUCGUGCGGCGCGCCUCUCCGUCAUCGUCCCCGGUACAAGUAGAGCAAACACCCCUGACAUCACACGCACCAUCGCGGAUGACCUCACCCGCUGCUCGACCGCUGCGAAAGGCUCAUGGGACGCCACUACGUAAACUGGUGGUUCGAUCCACCUACAGCAGUCGCCUUCGUGCAGCCGCCUGCCGUCCGUCAAACUCCUCGGCGGAGGCGAGCGCAAGCGACGUAUCGGCCGUCGACGAAGAAGAGCACCGUCACGACGACGACGUCGAAGGUGAAGCGAGCCAUCGCGGUGACUUCUGCAGUGACGUUGACGAAGUGGACGGCCGCAGAAGCGACCUGCGCGUUCGUGUUGAGAGCCCAAAAGUGGUGCCAAGACACGAAGCGCGACAACAGGUCGACGUGUGGGCCAGGCAAGACACGAAAAGCGGCCACAAAAUGGCUGCCCUCGACUUGUAUUCCACCGACUCGCCCUCCGCUUUAACUCGGCCUCGUGCAGCAGCAGCAGCAGCAGCAGUCACGCAAAUUGGUGGUUCGGUUAGUGCUCGCCAGACGGCUCCGUUGACCUCCUUUCCUCAGCCUUCUCAAACGUGGAGGCCCUCCAUCGAUCCUGAGCCACCGAGGUCUUUCAGCGCUGUAGGGAGCUCAGGAGAUGCCGCACCGCAGCAACGACACAGCAGCAGCUUCAUGAAUGCCACCACUUUGCAGUGGGAGCAGAAGUCGCCGUCGUCACCACCGCCCGCCUCCGAGACCCAAACGUCAGAGGAGCCCACGCAACGGCAUGCGCAGGAGAGCAGCCAUGAUGAAGCCUCUCGCCGACCUCGCAGGGACCCACCGGUGCAUCCACCGUCGUCAGCUGCGUCCUCCUCCGGCGCGUCCACCACCGCCCAGUCACGACAAAAGUUAUUCACAGACAACAAAGCUGCUCUCUCGGGCGCACGCACCGCUCCGAAUGACGACGUCUCUCCUGCGCUGACGUCUCGCACCUCCGUUGUGGUGGUGGACAGCGACAUCGACGGCGAUGCUGGCAAGGCGGUGUGUGUGACGAGUCCUGCGCUGCAACUUUUCUUGGAGAGGAGUCAGCGGAAGGUGCGAGAGACGGAGAGGGUGCUGGCCCGCACACCAAGCCCUGCUUCGGGGCGACUGAGUCCGUCGCGCACCUCCACCAUCCACCUCUCCCCGCAGCCCCAGUGGCAUCCGCAACCGCCGCAACCACAACACCGCUCUUUUCAGGAGCUAGUGAGCAGCUCCCACGCCUCAUCGUCCUUAUCACCUCGUCAUCGAGAUGCGCGGAGCUCGCUGUGGUCCGAUCGGUCACUGGACGCUGUUCGGGGGAAGCAGCAGCAGCGUUUGCAAGAGCUGCGCAAUCGACUUCGGGACUACGGCACGCCGGGUGGGCACGACGUGAGGGAAGCCAACGCAGUGAAGCGACACGACGAGACCACCUUUGCUUCUUCUGUGGCGUCGUCUGCAGCACCGUCGCAGGACCCGCAUCUACGGUUUCAAGUGCACGGUGUGGCGCCUCUCUCCACCUCGCCGGAGAACUCGCCGCUGGUUCAGAUCUCGCCCACUUCAUCGGAUGAGGACAAGGAUGAGCUGUAA